AUGGGGUUUUCCGCCUACUUCAGCCUUGCCUUCCUGAUCGUUGGCCUCGUCCCAAGAGGUGCCGAAGCCAGCUGCUGCCCCAUGGAAUGGCUGCCCUACCAGGGCUAUUGCUACAAGCUCUUCCAUGAAAAAGUGAGCUGGUCUGAUGCAGAGUUAGCCUGCCGGUACAACAUGCGUGGCUCCCACCUGGCCUCCAUCCAUAGUGAUGCAGAGUCAGCUGAGCUGGCCAAGUACAUUGUCAAGUAUCGCAAAGAUGGCGGUAAUGUCUGGACUGGACUACGUGCCCCCUUGAAGGAUAGAGUGUGGAGGUGGAGUGAUCAAUCUUCAGCCAGCUAUAAGGCCUGGAAUGAUGGAGAACCGAACAAUCUGAGGAAUGAGGAGAACUGUGUUGAACUUUGGUCUCCCUCAGGGUAUAUGCUCUGGAACGAUGAGAGCUGCAAAUCGGAGCGUGCGUUUCUCUGCAAGUACAAACUCUAG